UAUUUUUCCCUUUUUAAUUUUGUUGAGUAAGCUAAGGCUGAUCACUGGACUGGCACGAAAUCUGGCGAGCUAAGGAGGAGGAAUUAUCGGGGCGAAGAUCUCAGACGGCAGUCUUUCCCGCCAUUCCACCCGUACCAGUAUCAAUCAAUCUAAAGUGCUCUGAAAUGGCGACAUCCUUCGCGGCACGAGCGCAUCCUUGCACUUCGUAUUUUCUUCAGUCAUCUUCACGACGGUUUACGUGUUAUUUGUGGAGUGGAGGUUUUAGGAGCGAGAAGUUCAAUUCAAAUACGUGUAGAAAAUUGGGCAAAUGGAAUCAGAGGAGACCUUUGAUUUGUGCAGUCAAAGAAGAUGAUGAGGACUCAUUCAAGCAUGCAGUAGAAAUGGAUAGGCUAAUAGAUAUGCUGAGGACUGCAAAUGAUAAAGAAAUUCGGAAACUUGUUGCAGAGAAUGUCUUUGUUUUCAAUGAGAACUUUUGGAUGAGAAUAGCUGCUAGAGCAGAUGCCUGCAAAUCCGAAGAUGACAAGAAAGACCUUGAAGAACUGGCAUCAAUCUUAAUGGACACGGUUGAUAGUCUUGUGCAUAAGACCCAUGAAAAGAUAGAGUCAGAUACAGAUGUGCUUAAAGCCAUUUUAAGGUCCGUAGUUCAUGAAGAGGAGGAUGUUUUUUGGCCUCCAAGGGAUCCUGAAGCUCUCAGCCUUUUGGAAAAAGAACUAAACCAAAGGGAGCAAGAAGGCCAACUAGAUGAAGGAUUUCUGUCAGAAGUUUAUGCACAACUGCGGAAAGUGAAAGAUGGGGACAAGCCAGGGCUUCAAGCUAUGCUGCAAAAAGUUCUGCAGUUCUACGCUUCCAGAGUUCUCUCUAAGCGUAGUUAUGCAAGAAAAGGCAGGGAAUGUGGUGCUAAAAGCUGAACAGCUUCUCGAGACCAUAAUUAAAGCUCGAGAAGAAGAAUGGAACAGGUUGUUGGGGGAUGGAAUGACUGUGGACAAAGGUGAUGUCUCACCUGAAGAGUUUUAUGCUGUUGUUAAGAAGCGAAUAGAGCGAACAUUAAUGCGGACGCAAGGUGGCUCUUAUGAGCAGCGGGUUCUUGUGGAGUAUUUGAAAGGCAUUCGCACCAGAGCCGAGGAGGUUGUGCUGGUGUAAGAAUUAUGCAAUACUCAUCUCUCUAUUUGCACUUGGGGAUGCAUGUCUAAAAGAAAUUUCUCCAGAAAGUUUCUGCACGCCAACACCGGUUGGAGUUUGUAUCCUUCACAUCGGAAAUUCUAAGUAAAUUGUUCUCCACAGUCCAACAGAACAGAACAACCCUGAAAUCACUUGUGCCAAAGGGGUUUUAGCUGGAAGGAUCAACGUAACCCAUAUUUUUUGGUCGAUAUCAUAUUAACUUUCCUAUUUUAUUAGCCAACGGAUUACUUUUAUGGCUCGGGUAUUGUGCUCCAAUCUUUUGCGGGUUACGUUGCUUCUUUGACAUGUACGUUUUGGUCAUUGAAAGGGUGUUCCACCAAACUAUAUUGUGGAUGUGCUCCGUGAUGAUAGCGUUUACGUUGUUUCUAUGACAGGUAGUACGUUUUGGAAGGACACUCCCCUAGGGAUGGACUCGGGCGGGCCAACCGGCCCGAAACCGGACUGGCCCGCUACUGUGCGGGCCCGGACCGGCCCGGUGAACCGGUUGGUGCCCGGUUCGAGCCACCCGGCCCGGUCUUCAAGCGGUUCGGUCCCGGGCCUACAUUUCAGUGAACCGGCCCGGCCGGUCCGGGUCCGGUCCGGGCCGCAACGGUCAGAUUUUUUUUUAAAUACUAGAAGGCUCCAUAGCCGCUGGG